AACCGAAGCUGCUCGGACCAGCUGGAGUCUGAGAACCGAACCUUCCUGUGCUCGUGCUCAGACCCGGAGCUCCUACAGAAUGAUGCUGCAGCACCCAGGCCCGUCUCUGGCCGACAUCAGCUGCUCGGCUCUGGUGCCGUGCCUCUCCCCGCCCGGAUCGCUCACCCUGGACGACUUCACCAACUUCACGCCCGUCGUGAAGGAGGAGCUGCGGCUGGCCAUCCAAAGCAAGCGCCUGUCCAACGGGCUCAGCGCCGACGUCAGCUCCGACGGGGCCAGCUCCAGCUCGGACCGAGCCUCGGAGAGGCCCUCGGGCCGGGCUGGGCUCAGGAGAGAGGUGAUGCCGGAGGAGCACGAGAGGAAAAAGAGGAGGAGGGAGAGAAACAAAAUCGCAGCUGCGAAGUGCCGCAACAAGAAGAAGGAGAAGACGGAGUCCCUGCAGAUGGAGUCUGAGAAGCUGGAGAGCGUUAACGCGGAGCUGAAGGCUCAGAUCGAGGAGCUGAAGCAGCAGAAGCAGCAGCUGGUGUACAUGCUGAACCUGCACCGGCCCACCUGCAUCGUCCGCGCCCAGAACGGUCAAACGCCCGAGGACGAGCGCAGGCUUUUCAUCCAGCACAUCAAGGAGAGCUCCUUCCAGCUCCACACCCUCGCCUCCUCCUCAUCUACCUCCACGGUCGCACCCCUGGACGGAGGACUUCUCACCCUCGACGACCUUCACUGUCCCAGUCAGCUCUGA